AUGAUUAGAAACAAUGAAAUAUUAACAAAGAGUGAUCGACAAAAUUCUCAUCUAGAUUCAUAUAGAGCCAAGUUUCAAAUUGCUGGGUAAACCAUUCUCAACGGUGAUUCUUCUUUUACUCAAGAACCUACUAAUAGAAAUAUCUAUGAGACUGAAAGAACCGACCAUUAGAGCUUUCUUUAGAAAAUCGGAUAUUCUGUUUCUCAGGAAUUGAAUUAAUAAGAAUAUCAGAAAAAAUUAAAGGCAAGCCCUGUCUCAACUGAAUUACAAUCCGCUCACAAAGUAACAAACCGAGAUUCACAGCAAUAUUCGAUCGCCCCACGAGGAUAGAGUAUAGAAAUUUCGAAUAACAAUGAUUAAUUCUUGACCACAUCUGAGAGCCCAUACAACCCCUAGAACAUAAGAAAAAUGUUUCAUUAUUGCGAGGGGUCUUAUGAAUAUUUGAGUGAUAAUAUUCAGAGUGGCAGUAGUGACCAUACACCUAAACCUACGAAAAGUGAGAGUGUUUCAAUCAAGACAAUUUCAACAAAUGACAUUCCAACAAUGAUUAGGGCGAAAUUCAAAAGAAUAAGAAAAUGCUUUUAGAUUAUUACGGCUCUUUUUAGAAUGAAGACAUUGUGCAAUCAAAAGUAGUCAUCUUGGAAUUUAUAGAUGGAUAUUUUAAAAAGAAAUCAAAAGAUUUUAAAAUAUAAUGAAAGCAUUUCGAUAAUAAAAAUAAAGUAAUGGACUUAAAUGGUAUUUUCUAAAAUGAUUUCAAUAAUUCAGUAGAAAAAUUUAGAAAAACAAAAAUUGAAUUUUAUUGACUAUCCAUAAACAAUGACAUCAGUUGAAAUUGAUUAGGCAAUUGUUUUUGUUUAAAACAGUUUCACAUUUGCAAUGUCCAAUCUUGUAGUUAUGACUACAGGUAAAUACUUAAUAAAUGAACUGAGUUUAUAGAUGCACUAAGAUCAAUACUUCGAGUAUCGUAAACAAUUCAGUAAAUUUGUAAGUGAGAGGGCAAAUUACUUAACUAAAGAUUAUACUCAAUUGAAUGAACAGGAAAAGCAACUAGUGUUCUCUGAAUGCAUAAUCAUUAAUAAUUUGAUACCUAGCUUAUUAAAAUUGACAAUCAGUUUGGAAGCAUUGAAAUGUAAUAUAGGCAGUAUAGAAUUUUUGAUGAGAUGCAUAAUUUCUCUCUUUUAAUAUUUCUUUAUUCAUCAUUUCUCGAACUACCCAAAAGUGGAAAUGAGGAAAUAGAAUAUAAAAUAUACUCAAUAUGACUUAACAAAGAAUGGAUCGUAAUUGAUCUUGAGUUAGAAUCAAUAACUGAAUUCCGAGGGUUUUAUAAAUGGAAUCAUAUAUAGCGAAGAAUAAAUGUAAUAAAUAUUAUAGAAGGAAAGUUGGUUAUAAGCGAAUAAAAAAAAGAUGAAUAUAGUUUCAUAAAACCUUGGUUUUAUAGUUUGA